AUGACAGAAUCACAAGCCUGGGUAUUUUCACAACGGGGGCUUCCCUGGGAUGUCCUCAACCUCACAAGUCAACCCAUCCCAACUCUACCACCUCCUCUCCCUUUGCCUAAAGCCUUGCCGAAUCCGGAAGAAUGGAUCGUGGUCAAGGUGGCCUUUGUAGGCCUUAACCCAGGUGCCAUCUUUCAGAUGACCCUCGUCCCACCCUUUAUAAGAUCUCCAUCUUGUGUUCCUGAAAUGGACUUAGCAGGUACUGUCAUUGAUGUCUGGCACCCAGAUGAUGAGUCUGUGUCAGCACAGACAAGAAGAUUUAAUAAGGAGGAUAAGAUCCUCGCUAUGCUGCCAGCUAGCUAUACUUUGCCUACCGGAACAGGCGCUUUAGCUCAAGUUGUUCGGAUCCCAGCGCGAUACGCUGUACACAAGCCAGAGGGUGUGAGCUUUGGUGAUGGAGCGGGCUGUUUGCUAACUGGCUUAACGGCAAGGCAGUUGGUGUGCGAGUCGGGAGCGAAGGCAGGCGACCGCGUGUUGGUCAAUGCUGCAAGUGGCGGGAUAGGCUCUUUGGUAGUACAGAUGCUUCGAAAGGUUGUUGGGAUCGAGGGAUAUAUCGUCGGAAUCUGCAGCGGCAAGAACGUUACGUUGGUGCAGAGUCUUGGAGCUGACGAGGUCGUUGAUUAUACGCAGCAUAAUGCCUUGAGCCAGCACUUGACGGAAAAAUUCUCAUUAAAUCCCUUCAACGCUAUCAUCGACACACUUGGCAACCAAGCAUUAUACCUCGCGUCACCAGCAUACCUGGUUCCCCAUGGCAAUUAUUCUUCCGUCGGUAUAAAGCCGCCCACGUUCUUUGUCCCAGACUUCCUCCGCGCUGUGCUACAAAUGAAACUCAACGAGUGGUGGCCUGUAUCGCCCUGGCUCGGCGGCGUGGGACGUAAGUGGAUAGGCACGUCCAUGAUGAGCCCUACGCUUCAAGACCGUCAGGCUAUAGCGGAUAUGUUGGGUCGAGGCGAUAUCAGGCUGGUGAGAGACAGCGUGUGGGCGUUUUCUGACACUAAGGAGGCAUAUAGGAAACUUGCUGGACUCCAUUCCAGAGGCAAGAUCCUGGUAAAGGUGGAUGGGCAAGUUGGCGACGAAGAGAGUUAG